AUGCUAACAAGAUGGAAUUCCUCAUACUUGGCUUGGAUUCAGCUUAAAAAGUUACAAAAAGCAAUUAAAUAUUUUGGUUUAAUGUUGCUUUUAGAAUCAGAAUAUUGUAACAGAAUCAAUAGCGAAUAUUUAAAAUUAAUAAAUUUAACUAAAAAUGAAUGGCAAUUGUUAGAUAAUCUUAUUCUAUUAUUAAAACCAUUUUAUGAAGCCAUCAACAUAUUUUCAGGUUCAAGCUAUCCUACUCAUAACCUUAUUUACCUGACAAUGAGAUUACUCAUUAAGAAGUUUGCACCUUCUAAUAAACAAACUGAAGAAGACUAUGUCGAUUUAGUAUUUGAACCUAGUAGUAGGCAUGUUAAAGAAAAUUUUUAUUAG